UUGCUUAGAUGCAAGUAAUAAAUAUAAGCUGAACCCUGCAUCCUAUUUGUUUUAUUUUAAUCAUUGAUUGAGAAAAAUGUCGCUGCCGCGAUUUGGGAUUUGGGGGCACUUGGCAUGGAUCGGAACGUUGUGAUCCCGAGUGAUAGCCCACUAUAUACUUCGAGGCCUGGAAUCCGUGGUUAUUUACCUCGACGUUGGUCCCUACUCACCCUCGAUCUUGUUCAGAAAAAAAAAAGAAGGAAAAUUAGAGCAAGAGAGAGAGGGGGAAGAUGUCGGGGAUCGAGAUCAGCGAGCUGUUGGAGAAGUCGAAGGAGCUGGACUCGCUGAAGAAGCAGCAGGAGGAGUACCUCCAGGAAAUCAACAAGAUCCAGAAGAAGCUCCUAUCCACUCCAGAGGUGGUUGCUGAAAAAUCAGGAGAUGCCAUGUUAACUAGGCUCCGGACUUUAUAUAUCCUGGUAAAAGAUCUCUCAGAUAAUGAAGUGAGUGUUUCAAGUGCAUUGAUUGGCCAUCUGGAUGCUUUACUACAAUCAGGACUUUCGGCUGCACAGAGGAAAAAGAUAGAAGUUAGUGAGCAGAAAAAGAAGCGAAUGAAGUCAGAAUCGGAUCUUUCUCGAUUGACUUCUGCUGCAUCUAUGAGAAGCCAACUUGAGCAGGCUGCUAAUUUGAAGGGAGAGCAGGUGGCAGCUAGGGUCACUGAUGAUGCCGAAAAUGCUGAAAAGGAUGAGUGGUUUGUUGUAAAAGUAAUUCAUUUUGAUAAGGAUGCCAAGGAAUUUGAAGUGCUUGAUGAGGAGCCUGGUGAUGAUGAAGAAAGUGUUCAGAGGAAGUACAAACUGCCUAUGUCACGCAUCAUUCCUUUUCCAAAGAAAAAUGAUCCUUCUGGUGCUCCAGAUUUUCUCCCAGGCAGGCAGGUCUUGGCUGUUUAUCCUGGAACUACAGCUUUGUAUAAGGCAACUGUGGUCAAUCACCGUAAGAGGAAAUCUGAAGACUAUGUGCUUGAGUUUGAUGAUGACGAAGAAGACGGAUCUUUACCAAAAAGGAGUGUACCAUUCUACAAGGUGGUUCCACUUCCAUAGGGACAUCGCCAAUGUAGCAAAAUCAUGCAACUGCUAUUAGUCUUCAGAUAUUAACCUUCAAGUGAGAAAUAGACUUUCAUGAUGUUGUAUGUAUGGGCAGUCUAGGUGGUGCUUUAAUCAUUGUUUUACAGUCAUGUCUUCUUCCUCAUGAUGCUCCCACAACAAACUUGUGUGGUUGGAUCGUCAUCAUCAUCACUGGUCUCUAUCACAAGCAUCAAUUACGCAUUAGAGCUAGUAAGUUAAUAUAAAAUCUAAAACAGAUUUUAAUCCAAUAAACAGAUUUUUAGCUGCAAAACCCUUGUUUCUUCCAUCUCGUAUGUCAUAAUCAUAUAGCAUACAUACAGGCCUAUACAUAGGAUGUAAGUGCACUAGAUGGAAAUUGUAAAUGUUAAUUGUAUAGACCUCUUGCUUCCA